UUCAAAUGGACUACCUCCCAAUUCCUGUCAGAAUCAAAACGCGAACUCUUCGUCGUCGGCAGGAUGUUUAUCAAUGACCCACUGGAACCAUGGCGUCAAUAUUCGAACAAGUUCAUUAUUACUGGAAUGGGACUUUUCGUAGAAGGAUUUACGCUCUUCUCCAUUGGAAACUUGACUCCAUUGUUUGCUGCAGUGUGGCCGAAGUGUUGGGGGUCAAAACCGACUCAAUGUACGAAGACAUGGGUUGAAGCUGUCAGUUACCUUGAAAUAAUCGGCAUCAUUAUCGGCCAAAUUCUGGUCGGGAUCGAAGGAGAUUGGAUCGGGCGUAAAUUUGGCCUCGUUCAGGAUGCAUUGAUCAUGUCACUCGGAACAAUCAUGCUUAUUUCCGUUUGGGGAACAUCACUGCAAGGAUGGGUAAUUGCCUAUGGGUGGUCGUUGUUUGUCUAUGGUAUCGGCGUAGGCGGUGAAUAUCCCAUGACCUCCACCAGCACCAUGGAAGGUUCUUCAUCUGCCACUAGCGGUGACAGACUCCACCGUGGUCGGAAUGUAGUUCUACCCUUCCUGAUGCAAGGGUGGGGUCAACUCUUCAACCAAACAAUUCUUAUCCUCCUACUCCUAAUGUUCCACUCACAAGCUGGCCCUCCAUACACUGAAACGAGCGCUCAAUAUAUAUAUAGAGUUAGCUUUGCAGCGAUAUUGCCCUUUACGCUGUAUUUGGCCUAUUGGAGGGCCUAUAAGGUUGGAUAUGGUGCGGCUAAUGGAGAAUUGAUGAGGAGCAGAAAGAGGACGGGGAGGACGGGAGGGUAUGAUAUCAUUUCACUCAAGUUGUGCAUAACGCAUUACUGGGGGAGGUUGUUUGCGACAGCUUUUGGAUGGUUUGCGAAUGACUUUGCGUUCUACGGCAAUAAAAUUUUUCAAUCGAAUUUUAUUGCCGUCAUCGUACCCCACACGCACAAUAUUAACAUCGGUUGGUUAUGGAAUUUGAUUAAUGUGGGAGUGGCAAUGUUUGGAUAUUACUUCGCUGCACUCCUGAUCGACUAUAAGCCAUUUGGCCGUAACAAAAUGCAAAUACUUGGAUUCCUUGGUGAUUUUAUUUGUUUCGUCAUUCCUGCAGCGAUGUAUAAUCAGCUCACGAAGCGUGGGUCCGGCAUUCACUGGUUCCAAUCCCUCUACUUCCUUAGCAGUUUCUUCCAGCAGUUCGGGCCAAACUGUACUACCUUCCUUGUCGCCGCCGAAGUCUACCCAGCCUCGAUCCGAUCUACGGCCCACGGGUUUUCGGCUGCGGCAGGUAAACUUGGCGCCCUGGCACCAACGAUCCUUUACAAUUACAUCGGAUCGCGCACUCGAUUCUGGGUCGUGUCGUGGUUUGGCCUGGCAGGGGCAAUUGUCACAUGGCUCUUCCUUCCAGACGUAACCGGCCUAGACCUUCGAGAGCAAGAGAGAUAUUGGGAAUACGUGCGAGCCGGGAGAGCGGACGAAUAUCAUGGUGUCGCGAUUCAUCCCAGACACUUGUCCGUUUGGGAAAGGGUCGUGUUGAAAAGACAUAGGAAUUAUGACCCGGAGAAGGAUAGGGAGAGUAAGAUCGCGGAAUUGAGGAAGCUGUUUGAGUUGAGGGAGGGUGAUAAAGCGAGGGAGGUUAGCGGAAAUCAUGAUGAUGAUGAUCUGCUGAGUGAUGAGGUCGCGGAGUACUUCAGGAGGGAGAAGGGGAUUGUGGGUGUGAAACGCGGUUGACCUACUUGUCGUGGGAUGUCAGACUCAAUCACUCCUGGGACGUGCCAAGAACGUGGGCACAAUGUGAAAUUACUGAGUUGUAUCAAUAUGAAUCGUUUUAAUCACAUGCUAUUUAC